AUGCGCCAUCACAACUUGUAUCAAGCUGACAGCCAGGAUGUCCCGCCAAAGACCUCGGAAGGCACAAAUGGCACCAAUACGCCGGGUCUUGCUCCUGCUGGCAAGACUGGUAGCAAGCGCAAAGAGCGCGUCAACGGGCGCGAGGUCAGGGUGAAGCGCGCAAAAGACCUUGGUGGAGUCGACGAUUGCAUUGACCAAGUGCUCGAGAAUGUUGUCAUGCCCUUGACACACCCGGAGGUCUACACGUACACCGGCGUUCCACCACCACGUGGCAUCCUUCUACAUGGGCCACCAGGCUGCGGCAAAACAUUGCUUGCAACAGCCAUAGCUGGCGAGGUUGGGCUCCCCUUCAUCUCCAUCAGCGCACCCUCUCUCGUCUCUGGUAUGUCCGGAGAAUCAGAAAAGAAGGUUCGAGAGCUCUUUGAAGAGGCCAAGCAGCUGGCGCCAUGCCUUGUCUUUAUCGAUGAAAUUGAUGCCGUCACCCCAAAGCGAGAGAAUGCUCAGCGAGAAAUGGAGCGUCGCAUUGUUGCACAAUUGCUCACCUGCAUGGACAGCCUAUCACUCGACAAGACUGAUGGAAAACCAGUACUCAUUAUCGGCGCCACCAAUCGACCAGAUAGUCUGGACCCUGCCUUGCGCCGUGCUGGUAGAUUCGACCGCGAGAUCUGCAUGUCGGUGCCGAGCGAAUUAUCGAGGGAGCAGAUAUUGAAAGUCCUGUGUCGGGACCUCAGACUAUCUGGCGCUCUAAACCUAAGCAAGCUUGCUAAAAUGACCGCUGGCUUUGUCGGCGCAGAUUUGAGCGCAUUGACUGCAGCGGCCGGUGUAAUGGCCAUCAAGCGCAUUUUCCUGGGCCUACAACAAGGCACCUCAAGUGCCGAUCAGCCAAAGGUGUCAGUGACGGUAGCAGCUACCAAAACAGCCGCUAUGGACGUCAUGGAUAUGGGCGAGCUCACCAUUCAAGAAGACGAGGCACCAAUACCCGACACAUUAGUAACAGAGGACCGGCCAUUGUCUGGCAUCGCAAAAUUUCUCGCCACACAUCAAGAGGCACUGCCGGCAGAACAACUAGAACGUAUCUUCAUUCAGGAAGAAGAUUUUCUCAAGGCAUUGCCACAGAUACAGCCUUCUUCCAAAAGAGAAGGAUUUACCAUCGUGCCAGAUGUCACUUGGGCUGACAUUGGUGCGCUGACAGACAUACGAGUUGAACUUCAGAUGGCGAUUGUGCAACCCAUCAAACGGCCAGAACUCUACAAAGCUGUCGGCAUUAACGCACCGGCUGGUGUCUUGCUCUGGGGUCCACCAGGUUGUGGUAAGACACUCUUGGCCAAAGCUGUUGCGAAUGAGUCGCGCGCCAAUUUCAUCAGUGUUCGUGGUCCAGAACUACUCAACAAAUAUGUCGGCGAGUCGGAGCGUGCCGUGCGACAAGUCUUUGUACGGGCAAAGGCGAGUGCGCCAUGUGUCAUAUUCUUUGACGAGCUUGAUGCUCUGGUUCCUCGGCGUGAUGACUCCUUGUCUGAAUCCUCUGCACGAGUCGUCAAUACCCUUCUCACUGAAUUAGAUGGCCUUGGCGAUAGAAAAGGAGUCUUCGUCAUUGCCGCAACGAAUCGGCCAGACAUCAUUGAUCCUGCCAUGAUGCGGCCUGGCAGAUUGGACAAACCGCUCUUCGUCCGCUUGCCGUCUCCAAACGAGCGCGCAGAGAUCUUGGCCAAAUUGACGGCAAACUCCCCACUUGAUGCAGUCAUUGACUUACGCACUAUCGCCCAUGACACGAGAUGCGAAAACUUCAGUGGUGCCGAUCUCGCCUCACUUGCCCGAGAAGCUGCUGUCGCUGCACUGAGGUCCGCAGUAUACAAGGACAUCAGCGAACGAGAGCCAAAUGCUGACGAUGUCAUACCCAGCAUUAUGAUCACGGGAGCUGAUUUUGAAAUUGCCUUCAGCAAAGUCAGACCCAGUGUUUCUUCCCAGCAGCGGUCAAAAUAUGAGCAACUGCAAGGCAAGUAUGCAGCAUAG